CGAUUACACAAACACUGCACAGUGAGCAUGUCGGUGCAAUUAGCUCUGCACGAGUAUGAAUUCGAGAGACAGUUCAACGAGGACGAAGCCAUCCGAUGGAUGCAGGAGAACUGGAAGAAGUCUUUUCUCUUCGCUGCACUAUACGUUGCCGUUAUCCUCGGCGGCCGCCAUGUCAUGAAACCGAGGGAGAAGUUUGAGUUGAGGAAGCCACUGGUGCUAUGGUCGCUCACACUUGCUGUGUUCAGUAUAUUUGGUGCCAUCCGUACUGGAAGUUACAUGAUGUACAUCCUGAUGACCAAAGGGCUUAAACAGUCAGUUUGUGACCAGAGCUUUUACAACGGGCCUGUCAGCAAGUUCUGGGCCUACGCCUUUGUACUUAGUAAAGCACCAGAACUGGGUGACACCCUCUUCAUUGUCCUGAGGAAGCAGAAGCUCAUCUUCCUCCACUGGUACCACCACAUCACCGUGCUGCUCUACUCCUGGUACUCCUACAAGGACAUGGUGGCCGGCGGUGGAUGGUUCAUGACCAUGAACUACUUGGUCCACGCCGUCAUGUACUCUUACUAUGCCCUGCGUGCAGCUGGUUUCAAAGUGUCACGCAAGUUUGCCAUGUUUAUCACACUGACCCAGAUCACCCAGAUGCUGAUGGGCUGUGUGGUCAACUACCUUGUGUACUCGUGGAUGCAGCAGGGCCAGGAGUGUCCAUCCCACAUGCAGAACAUUGUGUGGUCUUCCCUCAUGUACCUAAGCUACUUUGUGCUCUUUAUCCAGUUCUUUAUUGAGGCCUACUUUGGCAAGUCCAAAUCAUCGGCAACAACUGUCGCCAAGAAGAGCGAAUAAACAAGUGCCAUAAGUACGGGAAGAAGGGAGAUAAUGAUGAAAAAGGUAAUUGGGAAUGAAGAGCAGGGACCAGUGACUUGAGAUAAUCUGUUUGGUGUAAAGUUUGUUGCAAAGAAAGAUGGUUGAUGCGGAGCAGGCAUAGGGUUGGGGUAGUGGUGGGAGAGUCAAGAGAUGAGUACUGUUUGUGCUUGAGCAUUACUACUAAUGUGCAGAUCUAAAAGCCCUCAAUGGAUGUAGUUGAGGGAUACGGAGGAAGCAGCAUUGCCAUGAUCAGAGCCAUUACAACAUGUCCACCUGGUGUUUAAAAGCCCUUUUUUAAAUUCAUGAUGAACAGUUUUUAAAAUCUUAAAUGUACCUAAAGUACAACAUGACCAGAUAAAGAAAAAUGCCAUAAGCAUAUGUUUACUUGAUAUUAAAUAAAUAUAUUAAUUGGUACAUAAUGAAGAUGUAUAGGUUUGUUAACUUGGGCCAUCUGAGUGUGUCUUGUCCGUCUGUUGUCAAUGUUUUUUGUUUUGUUUUGAUCUGUCAAAGAAAAAGUUUGAAACACUGGUAAGUGUUGGUGGUUGUGAACUGAUGGGGUGAACGGCACUGUAUCUUCUGUGUCUUACAUUGCGAAAUGCGAUAUUUUCUCAGGUCUUAGGUUAUCUCUUUCUUAAUAUAAUAUGCAUAUCAAGACAAAGUAGACAUGUUUAAAAUCAGCAAUGGUUUACAGUAUGGCAAAAAUGACUUCAGUUUGCUUGAAACAAAUAUGAAUGAAGCUGAUUGAACGUAAUGACUCGGAUGAUCACUCUACUCCUGGGCAUGAGGGGGAAACGGAUGCUAACAGUGCCCUGCUUCACCAAAUGCAGAGGUUGCUGACCACGCUUGGAAAAUGACUUGCCAUUGAUUUCCAAAUGCUACUCUGUUGAAUGGUCCCUACCAGUGAAGAAAUUGUGUAUUUUGGACAUUGAAGGCCUAAAUGAAGAACAAACAAAUUUAUGUUUAGCAGAAGAAAAAACAACAACAUACAAAUUGUCAAAAUCUGCUGUAUUGACUUUGAAAAUAGUAUGUACCCUGAUGGUGUCUGUUGUGCUAUUGUGCAUUUGCACUGUAUCAAUGUCAAAAACAAUUGUUGCUGAAAAACUUAACGUAAGAACAAAGAGUGAAAAAAUAUGAAAUGCCUCUGGUUUUUUUGUUGUCACAUCUGUAACAUCUUGGUCAUUCUUAAUAUUUUAGGUGCUCAACCUGAAAAGCCUGUUUAGGGCUUACAUUGCAGAUUUAGAAACGGCAAUAUUUAGAAAGGUUAGAGGAUGAUUAUUACUUUCAGAUAUGUUGAAUAAAGUGUAAGCUUGCAUGCUUGAUUCAGUGGA